GGUAAAGGAGAAGAUAUGAAUUCCUAUUUCACUAACCCUUCCUUAUCCUGCCAUUUAGCCAGUGGCCAAGAAGUUCUCCCCAAUGUGGCCCUUAAUUCCACAGCCUAUGACCCUGUUAGGCAUUUUUCCACUUAUGGAGCAGCGGUGGCUCAGAAUAGGAUCUACUCGUCUCCAUUCUAUACCCCGCAAGAUAAUGUUGUGUUUGGCUCCAGCCGGGGCCCCUAUGAGUAUGGAUCCAACGCAUUUUACCAGGACAAGGACAUGCUUACUAGCUGCAGGCAGAACUCAAUGGGACACAACACGCAGAGCUCCCUUGCACAGGAUUUUAGCAGUGAGCAAAGCAGAGGCAAUGGGCAGGAGCAGAAAGGCAGCAUUCAGAUCUACCCAUGGAUGCAGCGCAUGAACUCCCACAGUGUUUGUCUUGUGUCUGACUCCCUAGGCGUGGGCUACGGGGCGGACAGGAGGAGAGGGCGGCAGAUCUAUUCCCGGUACCAAACCCUGGAGCUGGAGAAGGAAUUUCACUUUAAUCGCUACCUGACCCGGCGCAGGAGGAUCGAGAUCGCCAAUGCACUUUGUCUAACAGAGCGGCAGAUCAAAAUCUGGUUCCAGAACAGGAGGAUGAAAUGGAAAAAGGAGAGCAACCUCACAUCUACCCUGUCUGGGGGCACUGGGGCAGCGGCUGACAGUUUAGCCGGGGAUAAGGAGGAGAAGCGAGAGGACUCAGAGGGACAAGGCAAAGAGUGAAUAGAGAGACACCCCACUAAGGCUUCCUCUUCCCCCUUCGCAAGUCUGCUCCCCUCCUCCCUCAAGCUGGCACAAUUGAUUUGGUUGGGCUGCAUUAAAAACAAACAGAUAUUUCUACCCACAUUUAUCCAGAGCCAGACGUGGACUAUUCAUUCAGGGGCUGCCUCCCUGCCAUGUACUAGACUUGGCUAUUGCCUAUUCUCAGUCUCUGUGUUAUUCCUGUAACUCUGAAUAAAGACUGGGUUCCACAGCCACACAUUUCCCUGUAUACAAACAUUGCCUGCAAACCAAGGGACAGACCCGACAGACUUUGCCUGCGCGUAUGUUUGGGACUAUGGACCUUGCACAAUUUUAAUGUCAAGAAAUUCCAAGCUGCUCCCAAGUUCUCCUCCGUCCCCUUUAAGCCGUGGCCAAGUGAAAUCUAGCAUUCCCUUGUGCAGAAAGUCCUGACUCUAUCUAAACCCACACUCUGGGCCAUCAUUUCCAUCUUCCAUACUGUGACAGUUACCUUGUGAACCUCAGUUUUUGCCAUUGUGUCCGUGGUAUCAGUAUUUUAUUUAUGGUAGCGCUGCAGUGUUCAUUUGUAGUCAGUAAAUGAAGUUUCAUAGCUGUAGAAAUGGUUACAUCUUGUGUUUCACUAUUAUGUAUAUAGUUCACGUCCUAUGGACAAAGUGUUGAGUAUUUAAUAAAAUUGAUAUUAUUUUUAA